AUGCCUCCACAGGGCUUUUUGUCUAUAUUUCGCCAUCCUUCCCACAAGUCCAGAGCAGUUCUUUCAGACGAUGACCAUUCGUAUCUAAACAACAGCCAUAUUGGCCCGCUGCCGUGGAUCGCCAACCCCGUGGACUUGACUCUUGAAACCGGUCCUCGCCUUUAUCGCCGCUCAGAUGCAGCUCCCAUCGAACUCUUCUUCGAUCUAUUUUUCGUGGCCAAUCUAUCGACUUUCACCGCGACUCAUGAGAUAAACAAUGUCACCGGUAUGUUCCAAAUCGACUUUCUGGCCAAUGCGUUUCAUGAUCGUAUUCUGAUAUGUAUGGCUUCAGCGUUAGGUGCGUACGUCGGAUUUCUCGGAGUCAUAUGGUUCACCUGGCUACAAGUGACUCUGUUUGAUAUACGCUUUGCUCGAGAUUCUGUCAUGGAAAGAGUUUUCAAAGCGUUCCAGCUCGGUGCAAUGAUCGGCUUUGCCUCUGCCGGGACUCGAUUUACAACCCGUGUUCGUGAUGAUAAUCUCUGGGCAUUUCAGUUGCUAAGUUUGAUGCUAGCUGUUAGUCGAAUACAGCUGGCGAUUCAAUAUACUAUCACCUUAGGCUUCAUGCAUGAACACAUGAAAGACGAUGCAAAGGGUGUUUGGUAUACUGCACUUGUGUUUUGGACGACUACCAUCCUCUACAUUGCACUUUUCUUCGUGUUCAAACGACCUCGUGGCAUUCCAUCUCGAAUUUGGAUUAUUUGGUUUGUGUUAUUUGGCUUUGAGAUGUGGACGGUAAUGGGCAUCUCUUGUAUUUGGACAGCGCUCAGCUUCAAAAAAACACACCUCAACGGUCGAAUGAGCCUCCUUACGCUGAUAAUCAUUGGAGAGGGCGUCAUUGCGGUGACUCGGAUUGUCAACAAGACUGUGCGGCCAGGAGGGUGGACCCCUUGGACUUUUUUCCACAUCCUGGGGGUGACCACCAACGUUUAUUUGCUUUGGCAGGUUUAUUUUGAUCUUUCUCCUCAACAGCUCGGUAUAUUGGCCCAGCAGAUCUGGGCCCAGCUUCAUUUCCCCUUUCAUGUGUCCCUCAUUCUUUUGCUGGAAGGCUCUCAGAUCUUGGCACUGACACUCGAUGUCACGCUUAAGCUGAAGUACCUAGCCCAAACAUUUUCAUUUGUGUGUGAGGAAAAUCGUCCUAGCCAGGACCGCGCUAUUGCACUUAUCAGGAGCACAAUCAACGAUAUGGAGAUUCCAUUCAGUCGGGGUGCAACACAGGAGUGGAAUGCCAUUUCCAAACUGUUGGACGAUCUUGCAAAACAACCGCUCUGUCCAGAUAUGAGGAUAUUGCUGAACAAGGCAACGGGAAUACGAAUAGAAGUCGAUACUAUGAAUCCGGGCACUUUGGUCUAUACUGAAGAUAUUUUUAGUGACCUGAUGGGCAAUGUGACAGCCGCCCUUUUUUCUAGCAUGGACAUUACCCCGCCAGUCAAGGUAGACAUCAGUCUUCUUGACAGUCAACAACUACUGCAGAUGUACAUGAAAGUUUUGGCCUUUGUGUAUAUAUACUUCUUUGCCGUCGCAAGUAUAUCAAUGGCUCUGUUCGCCGCAUUCAACCUUCUCUCUCGCUCGCAUGAGAGGCGUAUGUAUCUAGCUCUUUCAACUGCCGUGCGACUUAUACUUGCCAUCUUCUUGGCUGGACUCGUUUCAUUCGUUGCUAACUUCGCGCUGGCCUAUUCAUUCAUGACAUCGCCGAUAAUCUUGUACGCCUUGAGCCUGACACUUUUGACUGGUCAGUUGUUUUGUGGUGUUUUUGUCCCUUCUCCUCUUGUUCAAAAUUCUAAUUGGCUACAGUUUUGCUGUUUGACCGACUUUUUGACGGUCUAG